GUCUCUUCCACCAGAACCGUCAACAUAACGCACGAGGUGAAGCAAAUUUUCUUGGUCUGAAUACCAGGUCAACAACUUUCGAUAUGCAUACACGGUACAUAUCUCACAUGGAUGGCCCUCCUCACGACUUAAACGUCGACAAUAUUUGGAUCACCCUCGUCCGAGAGACGAGACAUGUUUGUCGGGAGUCUGCCAAUGCAGCUUCCGACCCGGAAGUCUCGAGUAUUUACUAUGGUCCUGCAGGGUUUUCUGUCUUUUCCCGCCUCGUAUCAACUUUUACCGACCUUGGUCCUCCGCUCGACCGAGUUGGUCGAGCAAACUUACAGGAAAACCUGCAGCAGAUUCGACAAAAUUGUCUGUCGAGCAUUGUCCGAUCAUCGUCGGUCUCUGUUCAAAAUUGGCGACCAAGAUCCCCUGGAAAAACUUCUUUCCUCGAAACCCCAGUGGGAAUUGCGACUGAAGUUCUUUUAGAUAUACUUGAACAAGAUACGGCUUCGAGCCCGUAUAAACAAGAAGAUAUCACAUCUUGCACCGAGGCCCUGCGACGAGCUUUGAACGUACAGGGUCAAGAACCAGCCGAUGAUGACAAUGAUGACGGGUGUGAAGUUUUAUAUGGCCAAGCUGGUUUGCUCUAUGCUCUGCUAAGGUUGAGGAGUAGCAUUGUCAGAGCAAAUUUAGAGGCGCCGAUUAGAUCUACUCUGGGCUCGCUCACGAGUGACUCCUCCAUUGCUAAUGUUGUCCGUUCUAUCAUUAUUCGAGGGCGUUUCGGGGCCUCCCACUAUGCGUCUAAUGUGUCCAGUAGGUCAGCUGCUCCCGCCUUAAUGUGGUCAUGGCACCAUAAGCGAUAUCUAGGUGCAGCGCAUGGUGUUGCGGGUAUUCUCCACGUUCUACUCAUGUGCCCCGUGGACAUGAUAGAACCAUAUAUUUCUGAUAUUUUGAAAACGAUCGAGUGGCUGACUACUUAUCAAGACGACGAUGGGAACUGGCCGACGAGCUUGAAGCAAAGGUAUACUCAACCGAAUGACCUCGUUCAGUACGUUCUGAUUCCGCAUAUAUAUUAUAAGUGUUCGUCUACAGUCUUCUUGCGUUGUAGAUGGUGCCACGGAGCAUCGGGUAUGCUCAUCCUCUUCGCUACCCUCAUCCGGCGCGCGGUUGCGCAUCCCGAGGUAUUUCUUCUAUCCAUAUCUUUCCUGUCCAGCCUCGCUACGGCGAUCCAGCGAGGCGCAAGCCUUGUAUAUCAAAAAGGAUUAUUAUGCAAAGGCGUAGGGCUUUGCCACGGUGUAGCUGGAAGCGUUUAUGCUUUGCUGGCCGCCUCAGAUGCUAUGGGGCUGUGGAAACACUACGAGCACUCCAAGGUGCAUUUUCUUCGGGCUAUCCAUCUCGCGCACCUUGCCACGUCAUACAGUCAGCUUACUUUGGCAGGAGAAAUGACUUCUCCGGACAAACCUUGGAGUCUGUAUGGAGGUGUAGCGGGGAUGUGUUGCGCAUGGGCGGAGGUCUAUGACAGACUCGGGACUACAGGAAGGAAUCUUGACCGGCUGGAGUUUUCUUGGUGUAGAUUGAGAAGUGGAAUGCCAGGGUUUGAUGAUAUCACUGAAAAAGAGUGA